AACAUAUAUUGAUAAAGUUGGCAGCACUGAGCGUCUUCUACACGUGCAUUAUUCCUAAUAAUUGGUUACUUUAUUUUUUCUGAAUUACCUAAAUAAGAAGGCACCAAAAAUGUCACUUUUGCGUAUUAGGAAACCAAAGACCCGAAAGGGGAAAAAGGUUCUCCUAGCAAGGGAACCGCAGUUGAUUGAAUCCGCCCGCACAAUGCUGUUUUUAGACGGUAGAAAGUGUGGAGGUAAUGUGAAACUGUGCAUGAAAGAUCUGCAGUCGUUAAAAAAACCACUGGUUAAGGUCCUGAAUAGGAAGAACGAUAUAACUCCCUUUGACGAUCCAUCUUCUUUGGAAUUCUUAACAAUGAAAAAUGAUGCCGCACUGUUUUCAUUUGGUUCCACUUCCAAGAAGCGACCAGAUAACAUCAUAUUGGGCCGCAUCUUUGAGAACGAAGUACUGGACAUGUUCGAGUUGGGGAUCAAGAGGUAUCAGGCAAUCUCCGAGUUUAAAAACGAGAAGAUUGGAACUUGUGUGAAGCCAUGUCUGGUGUUUAAUGGUCCGAAAUGGGCACAAACCGAGGAGCUGCGGCGCCUUCGCAACCUUUUCAUCGAUGCAUUCCAAAGGGAGAAGGUUGACUCAAUUCGUCUUCAGGGCAUUGAGCACGUCAUCAGUUUUACUGUCACCGACGAUAUGAACAUCCUCAUGCGUUCAUAUAAGAUAUUGUUAAAGAAGUCCGGUCAAAAGACGCCACGCAUAGAGCUAGAAGAGAUUGGACCUUCAGCUGAUUUUGCUAUUCGUCGCACCAAAAUUGCUAGCGAAGAUCUGUAUAAGCAGGCCCGCAAACAGCCGAAGCAACUUAAGGUCGUUAAAAAGAAGAACAUCAGCACCGAUGCCCUGGGCAACAAGAAGGGCCGUGUCCAUCUGGGCAAGCAACAAACUGGAUCGAUACAGACUCGUCGCGUGAAGGCUCUCCGGAAAACACCCGAGGAGAAGAAAGAAAACCGUCAACGCAAGAAAGUUGCUCUCAAAGCAGCCGCUGCCGAAGCCAUUGCGUCAUCGCAAUGAAACUGUUCACCUUUAGUUACAUUUAGAUUUAAUAAAUUGGUCCAAAUUAAAGUAGCGUUAAUAUCUA